AUGUGUGCCAAAAUCGCUCUUGCCGUUUUUGUCCUCGGAGUUGCUACCGCGUCGGCUGCUAAUCUGCCAGACAAGUUUUAUGGAAAGUACGACUUGGAUCACUCUGAGAACUUUGACGAGUAUCUCACUGCCAAGGGAUACGGAUGGUUUACUCGCAAAAUGGUCACUUUGGCCACUUUCAAGAAGGAGUUCACCAGAACCGGUAGCAAGACCCUCUUUGACUACUCCAACUUGACCUCGAAAAAAGACGUCCACUACAAGAACAUCGAGCUCGGAAAGGCUUUCCAAGGAGAGGGACUUGACAGCACCAAACACGAGAUCACCUUCACCCUUAAGGACGGACACUUGUUCGAGCAUCACAAGCCACUCGAGGAGGGAGAUGCCAAGGAAGAGACCUACGAAUACUUGUUCGAAGGAGAUUUCCUUCUCGUGCGCAUGAUCUACAACGGAGUCGAGGGACGCAGAUACUACAAGAGACUUCCAUAA